UUUUUGUUCUAUUUUUAUUUAAAAUUCUUUUGUUAAAAUAAAAAGUUUGUGAGUUUCUUACCACUAAAUUGAUAAAUAUCCAUCGUAGGUGGCUGCAUUAUCUGAUUUUUUUAAAUUGGCAAAAAUUAAAAACCACUUCAAUAAAAAUGGAUGAAAUUGAAUUAUUCCAAAGUCCCUCCCAAGCCGGAUCUCCUGAAGAUUUUAAAGGAUUUGAAGAUUUCAUAACUUCUGAAUUGACAAAUAACACAAUUGAUAAAUAUAUCUUCGAUGAUUCAGAUACAGAAGAAGAUGACAAUAAUUUCGAUUAUGAUGCAUUUUCAGCAAAUUUUGACGAAGAAGCUCACAAUUUUAUUGAUGGACCUAGUACUAGUAAUAUUUUUUAUCCAAAUAUUAAAGCUCUUGAAAAGCACCUAUUUAAUAAUAAUGCUUCAAAGAGUUUGAAAACUUCAUUGAGAAACUCUUUGCAAUGUCAAAUUGAUCAAGAAGAUCGAAUGGAAUUUUUUGGAAUUUUAUCUCCACCACCGCCACAGCAGCAGAUGGAUUUUUCUUCAGAAGAUGGACCAUCUUGUUCUACUAAAAAUCCACUACAACCAUCAUGUAUAUCACCAGAUUUAUUUUCAACAAGUUCAACUGAAGAUGAAGAAGAAAAAGUUUCAAAUUUUCAAGUUGAAUUAAUAGAACCAGUUAAAGAAAUUGUAUGUCACAAUUUAACAAGAAACAAAACUGCAAAUUUAAUUGCUAAUGCAGAAAAAUUUAUGAUAAAACUUUUGAAAGAUUUAGUGAAUGAUGGUACAGCCAGUAUUACGGUGGUAAAUUAUAGAAGUUGGGAAAAUAGUGAAAUUUCGAAUGGCAUACUUUCCCAAAAAGAUCCAUCAAAUCUCAUACAUCGUAAUGUGAAUCUAAGUAACACUAAAAGCCGACCUCAUUUUGCCAUGAUCAUGUAUGUUCUUUCCGAAGUGUAUCAUCUUCUGGUAACUGGAUUAACAUGCACUGAAAGAGAACUCUAUUACAAAGAUCCCGAUCUAUUCAAAAAUCAAGCUGCCAUCAAUUUUGCUGUUAAAGAUGUUUGUAGUAUUCUAAAUGCUUCCCCAUGGGAAUUGGGAAUUCGUCAAUCAUCCAAAGGUCUUAUAGCUGGAGCCAUAAAUAUUCACAUGUCUGAUAAUUCAGUAAUCAAUUGUUAUUUUAAUGAUCGUCCAAAUUUAAUACCAAAUGAUAUUCAAGCAAUAACAUUUCUCGAGACUACAGCUAAAUUUGUUUUAAUAGUUGAGAAGGAUACGAUUUUUCAAAAAUUUCUUCAACAAAAUAUUUUACGAAAUUUAAAUUCUGAUAUUAUUUUAAUAACUGGAAAAGGUUAUCCCGAUGUGGGUACUCGUUUAAUGGUUAAACGUAUUUGGGAUUAUUUCCAUUUGCCAAUUUAUGCUCUAGUCGAUGCAGAUCCUUUUGGAAUUGAUAUUAUGUUUGUUUAUCGUUAUGGAUCAAAAGCAAUGGCAUUUAGUGCUGAUCAAUUGGCCUGUCCACAAAUUCGUUGGAUUGGAAUUCAACCAUCAGAAAUCGAAAAACUUGCUAUUCCCACUUUGGCUCAAUCGAAGACGGAUAAAAAGAAAAUUAAUGAACUUUUGCAACGAACUUACAUCAAUGCAGAAAUACGAAAUGAACUGGAAAUUCUACAAAGACUCGGUCGCAAGGCCGAAAUCGAAGCUGUAGCUGGAUUUUCAGCAAACUUUCUGGCUUAUGAAUACAUACCAAAUAAGAUUGCAAGGAAUUUAGUCAUCUAAAGUUAAUUUAACGUUGUAAAGAACAAUAAAGUCGACAGAAGUAGUAAUUUCGUAAAUGCAUUUAUAUCAUUUUCGUUAUUGCUUGUGUAAUUGUACAGUUGUUUAUUUGUUCGUAGUUGCUAAAUGAUGGGUACCCCAGAACCAACCAAUCAACUUAAACAUGCAUAUAAUUAUAAAAUUACUGUAAUUAAGCCUUUUUAUUUGUAGUUUAUUAAUCGAACAGACUUAAUUUAUAGAAUUUUAAACCUUUCAACAAAA